AUGUCGACAUCCAAGCGUCCAUCCAUCUUCUCCCGCCUGUCCUCGAGCAGCGCCUCGAUCAGCUCCUCGUCCUCGUCGACACGGACGUCCACCCCCAAGGGCUGCCGCGACACCGUCUACGCCCGCUACGCCAAGGACGGCAAGGGCUACGACUUCAACCAGACCUACCCGUACUGUACGAGCGUGUCCAGCGCCUCGUCGACGCGCUCGACGUCCGAGUCCGACUUCCCCGUCGGGUGCCGCGACUUCAAACUCCGCUACGCUAAGGACGGCAAGGGUCACGACUUUGCCGCCACCUACGCCUACUCGCCGUCGACGGACUCCUCCACCACCACCCUGGUCGCCGCUCCCGAUGCCGUCCCCGCAGGGUGCAGGGACUACAAUAACAAGAACAUGAGGUAUGCGUGGCACCAGGGCCGACAAGGUUCUUGA